AUGGCAGCAACGAAAGCGCAAAAGAGUUCCGACCUGAGUCCCUUUGUCAAACAGCUCGCCUCAAGCGACCGCACAAUCCGCGACCGCGCCCUCUCUUCCCUCCGCACCUACCUCUCACGCUCCAAACCCUUCACGUCCCUCGACCUAUUGAAGCUAUGGAAAGGUCUUCACUACUGCAUGUUCAUGUCCGACAAGCCGCGCAAUCAACAACGCCUCGCGCGCGACCUCGCUGCUCUCACAGACGUCCUCGCGUCGGAGAAUGUCUUGCCCUGGAUAGAGGCGUUUUGGAAGACGAUGGCGCGAGAAUGGGGUGGUAUCGAUAGUCUGCGAAUGGACAAGUAUCUCUACCUGGUCAGGUGUUAUGUGAACAAGGGGUUCGAAGUUGCGAGCAGUGAGAAGAAGAAAAAGAAGAGCGCGAUAAGUUGGAACAGGUAUUUGGAGGUGCUGGAAGCCGACGGCGGGCCACUGAGUGUGAGGGAUGUGAAAGUGCCUGUGGGGUUGAAAUUGCACGUUCUGGAUGUGUGGGUGGAUGAAUUGGAGAAGGUUGACGGGGAACAGAAGGAUGGAGGGUGUCCUGUCGAGGAGGUGAUGAAGCCUGUGCAGAAACUACAAAAAGACAGCUUGGUCAAGAGUGUGAGGAUGAGGGCGAAGGAGAGUUUGGAGGAUGAGAGGUUGCUGGGAGGGAAGAGGUGGAGGACUGCGGAGGAUGGGAGUGUUGAGGAUGGAAGGAAAGCUCAAGACGAAGAGAUGGAAGAUGAAGAUGGUCAAGUCGUGGGUGAAGACGACGAUUUUGGCGGUUUCGACGAUUGA